AUGUGCACACUCAAGAGCCUGGCCCAUCUGAGCCUCCUGCACCAGCUCCACAAUAUGGGGAUCUACAUCAGGAUAAUCUUCCAUGCUGUCCUCAAAUGCAAGAGGCUGGCCCAGUGCAGCAGUCUUUUCCCAGAUGACAAAAUUCUCAGGAUGACUAUAAGAACUAUUGUGAUCCUGGCCCAUCUAAUAUCCCAUAUGAUGCAUUACCUCCUGGCCACUGCAAUCAAUUUCUUCCAUCUUGCCAAGGAUUCCAUCGCAUUCCAUCUCAAACCAACCAUCCUCACUACAACAGUCCAUAUACUGAUGACUACUACCCUCCAACCCAGUCAGGUGAACCUCAUUGGGUUAAUGGGGUAA